AUCCUCACUCCAGACCACAACUCUCUGACUCUCCUGAGUGAAGCACUCACCUCCUCUCUGCUCUGCUCUUCAAGAAUGGCUCCUACCUACCUGCCUUCUGCUGACUACUCGAAGCUUUCCAACAAGGAAAAACAUAAACUAAGAAAACCUGCUGUGGAAAAAAUGCGCAGAGAUCGCAUCAACAACUGCAUCGAACAGCUCAAAGUCAUGCUGGAGAAGGAGUUCCACCAGCAAGACCCCAACACCAAGCUGGAGAAAGCCGACAUUCUGGAGAUGACCGUUGUCUUCAUGAAGCAACAGCUGCAGUCCCAGAUCUCAGCGCCCGUUAAGGCCCACCAUGACGGCUACUCUCAGUGCUGGAGGGAGACUGUGAACUUCCUCUCAGCCAACUCCAAGUUAGACGUCACACUUCAGCAUCUCAACCAGCGCCAAGAACCAGCGAAAGAUCUCAGCCACAUGUCUCCAGCUGCCUUCAAGCCCAGCCAGGGUCCAGUUCCUAUCAAGCAAGAGACCAGCAGCAGCAGCAGCAGAGCUGUCUGGAGGCCUUGGUAGAAACUCUGAACCCAGAGAGACUUUUUUCUCAUGUUGACCAGAUGGUUGUCACACCAUCUCUUAUGAUGUAGGAGAUAUAUUAUUUCCGAAGACCUCCGUGAAAGUGGAAAGUGACAGAAGCACUCUUCUCGUUGAGAAGCUCCUGAUGGGCAAAUUCUUCAUGUUGAAGAAAAUCUAUACAUUUAUCUGCAUUAGCUCAAAGAUUGCUUGCUUUGACGAGUUUUGUUCUUACAGAUGUUCUGUACCUCCUUUAGAAAUUAUGCUUAGAAUCUAAGCAAUUUAUUGUUGUGUUAUGUUUGAUUAUGUUAAUUGAUUAUGCUCUGAAUUUGGCCUUUUGUAAAGGCAGUUGAGAAAUGAUAUACAUUUUCAUCUUGUUAUUUUGUGUUUCAAAAUCAAAUCUAUAUUCUGGACACUGUGUGUCUGUUACCGCUGAGUAAUAAACAUUGUUGUUUAUGAAAAUGAA